CUUAAAAAUGUUUCCCUCCUCAUACACAGGAGCAGAGAGCUAAAAAGUUCACUGUGCAGGCCCCCCCCCGCAGGAGCCUCCGCAUCCGAUCCCAGAAGACACCUUCACAGGAAGAACAUAAACAUCCGACAUGCUCGCCGCCGGACGAGCUCCCCUCUCUGUCAUCCACACUGGACUCCUGUUAGUCGCCGUCUUGCUGCCAGAGUUUCUGGGCGCAGUUCCUGUUCAGCACCAGCAGGAUGAAGCGGCCGCCGCCGACCUGAAGCAGCCGGUUCGCAGCAGACGGAACGUGGAUGUGGUGGCGGUGCCUCAGUUCCAGCGCGUGCCGGACUUCUGGGGGUGGUACAAGUACUUCAUGGACACCCACAACCAGGAGGGAGUGGAGGACCUGGAUCGUCUGUACAUGGCUUACCUGCAGAACAAGCACAGGUCUGAGGAGGGCCCCACCUUCAACCACUACCUCAAUCACCUCAGUCAAAUCUACAAGGCCUGUGCGGACUCCGACGACCCGGAGUGCAUUGCCGAGUCCACCAGCAAGCCCAAAGCGGCUGUGGUGAUGCCCGCCCCCAUCAGGUCUGCUGCCGUCAAGAUGUGCAACCCCUACCUUGACCCCUACUGCCUGUACUCAUUGUCUGCCAAAGCUGCCGCUCCGGAGCCAGCUCCGGCCAAGGUGCCGGCUCCUGUCCUGAGCCCGGUGCUGCCCCUACCCCUAAAAAGCCCCACCGGUUACUACUACUACGCCCCCGUCCUGGAGCCCUUCCUCAGUGCCGAGCAGAGGGCAGAACUGCUGAGGAUCUGCCACCCUGAAGACGUGGAGUGCCUGCAGUACCACCUAAGGGCAGCUUACGGCUACCGCCCGGCCCUCGGUCCGGCUCCAUCCUACGCCGCCCUCAAAUGUGACCCCAAGGACCCCUACUGCAUGCCGGCCCUGGUCCAGAAGGCCCCGACCGGCUUCUACCACCUGCUGCACCCCGCCUGUGACCCGGCCGUGGAUCCUCUGUGCGUGAACAAUGUUGGCCCCGCCCCUCUGGCUGCUGGGGAGGCUCCCAAGGAGCAGCAGUGCAACCCCCUCUUCGAUGGGGGCUGCAACCCCCUGACGGCCACCAAGCUGUCCAGCCUCACGAAGCCCGUCCUGGAGUACGCCCCCCAGGAAGAGCCGGCCCCUCCCGCCGCCCCCCUGACAUGUGACCCUCGUUACAAUCCCUACUGCAUACUGGCAGCCGCCGCUGCCCUGCGCCAGCCCCCCCGGCAGCUCCCCCAGCACCAGGUACGCUACCAGCUCGGCGUCCGCGGUAAGACCAAGGAGGGCCACGACUGCUACGUGCACUAUGACAAAGACUGCACCCCCGUCAAGUCUGGCCCCACCGACCCGGCCCGACCCUUCUGCCACCCCUACGACCCCAACUGCUGGAAGUUCGCUCCACCCCCCAGCGUCGACGCCCCAAAGCUCAGCAAGGACGGCGUGCUCCUCCCCCAUCCGGACUGCGACCCCGAGAUCGACUACAACUGCCGCCUGCGUCACGCCGAGCCCGCCGCCUCUGCGGACGAGCCCGUCGCAGACGAGGACAAGAUGGCGGACGAGGCGGCAAAGGAAGUCUCCGCUCCUCGCUUUGAGGACUUCCUCAGAGGAGUCCUGAACCACCACAAAUGAAAGCUGGCCUGCUCCGCCUCUGGACUUCCUCCCGCAGACGCUCGUACAGGAAGCAGCUUCUCCACCCAAAACCUACUUCUACCAACAAAAAUCUACGUUUUCUCAGCUUUGGUCCAGAUUAAACACGACCAAGCAAAGUCUGCAACCAAAUUCUGUGAACUGUGUGCAUGAAAUCCUCCAUGUUUGUAUGCAUUUUUUCUGAAGAGUCAUGUGUAUAGAUGUGUAGUUUUAGCAAACCGCUUUGGGUUUUUGGACAUUCUUCCUUUUCUGCCUUGUAUUUAAUGUUUUCCAGUAUUUCUGUGACACUGAUAACCUUCACAUGUCCUCCUCCUAGUUUGGACAAAGUUCUAAAUAAAAAAAAAGAAUCUGUUGAGUUUCUGGACAUUUUUCACGUUAAAUUAUCUGCUCGGCAAGAAAGCAGGAAACCCUCCUGAUAGUGUGACCCUGUUUUUAUGUACAGCACCUUGAGCUGUCGUUGCUGUCAUGAAAGGUUCUAUAUAAAUAAAAUUAAUUUGAAUUU